UUAGUCAAUAAAGAAGAACGCAGUGCGCCACACCGAGAACCUGCUCAACGCUUGCGGAGUGAUAUUGCAUUUAAAGCUUCGCUGUUUUUAAUUCUCACAAACGUGACUCAAGUAAAUUAUAGUUUGUUUUGUUUUGAUAACAUUAUAGAGUUGCUAAUCGAGGUUAUUUGCUGUUUCACUGGUUAAUGUCACACGUUAAGAAUUAGUGCACUAGAUUGAUAAACGGAUAUAAAAAGAUGAAUAAAAACGGAAUGACUGACAUAAAGCAGGAAGAUUGGAGAGUAUCAAGAAUAUUGCGAAAAUACCCAGUUUAUCGCGAAAAACUAAUCAAGACUUGCGAGGGCUGGACAGAAUCCAAACAAAAGGACGAUGAAGCGGAAGGCUUAUGGCGUAUCAAAGAUGAACUUUACGAUCUUACUGAGUUUAUACCACGUCACCCAGGCGGAUCAUUCUGGCUGGAAUGGACAAAGGGCACUGACAUCACCGAAGCAUUCGAAUCUCAUCAUAUAUCAAAGAAGCCAGAAGAUAUGCUAGCCAAAUUUCAUGUGCGCAGCACCUCUACUCAACGCAAUUACAAGAUAUCACUUCACGAUAAUGGUUUCUAUAGAGUGCUCAAGUCGCGAGUGCGUGACAAGCUGAAAAAUGUGGACCGUUCACCUGAACGUCGAUCGGAUCUUAUACACUUUGGUCUCUUGCUAUCCACUACGGUUUUUGCUCUCGCAUGUUCGUAUACUGGCUAUAUAACAUUAGCAUUACUCGCGGGACUCUCGCUCUCAUGGCUCACUAUUGCCUCGCACAACUAUUUGCAUCGUAAGGACAAUUGGCAAAUGUAUACUUUUAACCUUUCACUUAUGAAUUUUUGCAAUUGGCGCGUUUUACAUGCCAUGUCUCAUCAUGUCUACCCGAACUCAUUAAUUGACCUCGAGAUGUCGCUCUUCGAACCGUAUCUCUGUUGGUGGCCAAACUCACAAGUUCACACGAAAUGGAUUCGUCUCUUUAACGUCACCAUACAGCCUAUCGUGUACUCGUUAAUAUUUCCUUUCCAGAUAGUAUUGAGAAUUAUAGUUUCACUUCUGCAAAAGAACAUUUUAUUUUGGCACGACAUCAUCGGAUUCAUAUUGCCACUGUCCAUGCUGCUGGUGGCGCAAGUACCGGUUUCGACUGUACUUCGACAAUGGGGAGUCAUCAUUGGUCUGGCAAGUUUCAUUUUUGGGUUAACUGGUUUGAAUGCCGGUCAUCAUGACCCGAAAAUUUUCCAUGAUGGUGAUGCUGAACGCGAAGACCGCGAUUGGGGCCUCUAUCAAUUGGACACAAUAAUCGAUCGUAGUGAUAUCAAAGGUUCGCAGUUUUUAGUGUUGACACAUUUUGGAGAGCAUUUUCUACAUCAUUUGUUUCCCACAUUGGAUCAUGGCAUACUCCCCCAACUCUAUCCCGUCCUUUUUGAAACAUUGAACGAAUACCAAGCACAAUUGCGUGAAUGCAGCCAUUGGAAGCAAAUUAUUGGUCAGAAUAAACAGUUACUGCGUACGAAGCCAAAUGCUCUACCUCCGACUUGUGUUAAUAAUAAUAAGCGGGGUUAGGAGUCAGAAUAAUUUCGAAAAACAAUUGUCUGCAAUGUUCUCAGUCUAUAUAUUGUAAUUUCAUACAUACAUACAUAUGUAAUUAUUAUAUUAUCUAUAAACAAUUAUGUGGUUAUGAUGAUAGUGUAUGAUUAAAUUGUUAAAGUUUUACUCGAUAAGAAACUCCAUUGCUCGCUUGUUGUAACUCGGCUCGCCUACUAAAUUACUUCAUAUUUUCCUCCCUCCUUAUUUCGCACAAUUGUAAAGGAGUAUCAAAACAAAAUUGGUAAUAUCGAUCAAAGCUUUAAUAAUUGAAUCAUGGUAUAUACGUUUGUUGUUUUUUACUAUCUUUUAAUAAAAUAUUGCAUAUUUUUAUUACUGAUAAUGGAAUCGAAUAAAUCAUGAUGUAAAGAUGUGCAAAUUUCUGCAAUUCAAGCUUGA